AUGGCUACUGGAAACGAUAAUGCGGAUUGCGCCUCUAUCUGGGGUGAUUUUGUUGGUUCAGACGACAAGAGCAAGAUUGAGUAUGCAUCCGAACCGGCGGAGCGAUACGAGGAGGGACUCUAUUAUCUAGUCUGCAUCGGAGAGGUCCUUGCCAACAGGUAUCGCGUUGAGCACAAACUAGGCCAUGGCGGAUUCUCAACAAUCUGGAUGGCGCAUGACAUGGUUAGCGACGAGGAUGUUGCUCUCAAGAUCAUGUCACCUGGGCCUUUCGGCCAGCGAGAGCAUACCGCGCAGAACAUUAUUGCCGGUGCUGUGCAGGACACUUCCCGCCUCUUGAUAUACCAGAAGACAUUUAGGCUACCCGGCGCCUCUAAGACACACCAUAGAGUCCUGGUUUUCCCUUUUCUGGGUCCUAGCCUGCGGACAUAUGCCUCUUCCAUGUCUACUGCCCCUCGGAGAUCGUCUGCCAAGCAGCUACUGCAGGCCAUCAAGGCGCUACACGACGGCGGAGUCGUGCAUCGAGACAUCAACAGCGCUAAUGUCUUGUAUGGACUUACUCCUUUCAAGAGUGGCACCACUGUAGCUGGCAAGUACGAAUAUCUCGGGCGUCCGCGGAAGCCCAUGUGGAAGGCCGGCCAGCUAGUCAUGCCUAUAGCUCCGCAUGAAUCUCUGGUGAAGGCGACUGUAACCCUCGCUGACUUUGGACUGGCUGCCAAGUCUGACACCUCCGUGGAGUGCAAAGUCCAAUCGCCUGCCAUCUACUGCGCCCCAGAACGUCUUCACAAUGCAGACGCGGGCUAUGCCUCCGACAUGUGGAGCCAUAUGUGCAUCUUUGCUGAGCUCUGCUUAGGCGUUCCAUUGUUCUUCGGAUCAGAGUACUCCUCAGUCGUUGACUAUAUUGUGGAAUGCCUUGGACCUUUCCCUUCGGACUGGAGGGGCUCGUAUGAGGGUGGUGGGCAAAACGACGAGUCAUGGUAUGACCAGAACAGACGGCCAUAUCCCCGUCAAGCUCUUGAAGCUAAGCUAAAGCGUGCACUGUAUAACAUCAGCCCUGUCGAGCAGCAGCUAGUGCUCUCGAUACUGCGGAGGGGUCUAUCAUAUUCCCCUGAGCACCGCUUUAGUGCCGGGCAACUUCUUGAGGAUGUAUCUUUCAAGGAGCUAAUGGCCUUGCAUGGACUUUAG